CUGAUGCAAGCAUAGUAGACUGUUUGAGGCUUUUGGGGACUAUUCCUGAAGUUGUUGCAGAUAGAAGAUUUCACGCACAGUGUGUAAAAAAACUUGAGGAUUCAACUAGAAUGAAAAUAUUCAUGGCGCUUGAGCCUGAAAUGCGGCUUGAAUAUUUGCGGGUUUUGUUUGAGGAAUGAUAUUAUUUAUGGAUUCAUUAUGUAUCAGUACUGAUUGAACUUCUACUUGUGUUGUUCUUUUUUUUAAUAUAUGUUUGUUAUUCUAUAUGUGUCAUUGUACAUGUCUAAUCUUUCUAUAUGUAGCAAAUGAGAAUUUUUAUUAUUGAAUAUUAAUGUUGAUGUUGUUAAUCAUUUAGGAUGGACCCGCAACGUCAACGUCGUAGGAGAAUGGCAUUUGCUACAGCCGUUGCGAUAUUGCUGUUGGACUAUUACCAGCGUAGAACUACUCGCAUUCCCCGUAUGACAUCCACCUUUGUUGGAGAUAGAUGGGUUAGUGAAAUGCUUUCGGGACAUCCAAUAAGAUUCAGAAAUAUAUUCAGAAUGACGAGAACGAUUUUUAUGGAUCUUCUAAACGAGUUAUGUCUAAAUCACGGCCUUCAUGGUUCUUCUAGAACCCUGUCUCGGGAGGUGUUGGCAAUAACACUGUACAUUCUGGCACAGAAUGAGUCAAUUCGAGGAGCUAUGGAAAGAUUUCAACAUUCAUCUGAAACAAUUAGUCGCUAUUUCUCAAAAGGAAUACAGGCACUUAUUAGCUUAGCUGCUCAAAUAAUUAAACCAGAGGAUCCAUCAUUUGCUACUACUCCAGAACAAAUUGCCAACGAUCCUCGAUAUAUGCCAUAUUUCAAGAACUGUAUUGGUGCAAUUGACGGUACACACGUUGAUGCCCGAAUACCUAACAACGAGAAGGUAGCAUACAUCGGUCGUAGUGGUUCAACAACGCAAAAUGUCAUGGCCGUAUGCGACUUCAACAUGUGUUUUACUUUUGUGGUUGCGGGCUGGGAAGGAAGUGCACACGACAGUCGUAUUUUCUCCUUUGCCACGAGGAAUAGAUCGCAGUGUUUCCCUCACCCCCCAGCAGGAAAAUAUUAUCUGGUUGAUGCAGGAUAUCCUAUGCAACGGGGAUACCUGAAGCCCUACUCGGACACGAGAUAUCAUCUUCCUGAUUUUGAGCGAGCUAGUGGCACGGUUCGUGGCAGAAAGGAAAUGUUUAAUAAACGCCACUCAUCUUUACGCGGGGUAAUUGAAAGAACAUUUGGAGUUUGGAAGAAGAAGUGGGUCAUCUUACGUGAUAUGCCGUCGUAUCCUUUCCAAAAGCAGGUGUACAUUGUGGUUGCAACAAUGGCACUACAUAACUUCAUCCGAAGACAUUCCUCGCAAUCAGAUACAGACUUCAGUAUGGCUGACAAUGAUGAACUCAAUAUUUUAGAGCAACCAACAGGACAUGUGGGGGGGCAUUCAUUACCUGAGGAGGACAUAGAAUCUAAUGAUUUUGAAGAUCAAGAUGCUGAUAGUUUGGCUGAUAUGAUUGCUUUAAGGGAGUCUAUCACAGAUGCUAUUUGUGGCUAUUGAUCAACCAAGUUUUCUUUUCAUAAGAUUUUAGGUUUAUAUUCAUACCCAUUUAAUUAUGUUUUUUUUUUUAAAUACCUUAAGCUGACAUUUCAUUCUUUUGUUAUUUUCACAGUUAUACCAACAUGACCUCCAGAAUAUCAAGUACAGACAGAGGGAUUUUGUGUUAUUGUGGACUACCGUCUCCGUUGCUAACGUCACGUAAGGAGCAUAGCUUUGGGAGGCAGUUCUAUGGUUGUGCCAGGGGUGUUUCAGCCCGUUGUGGUUUCUUCAGGUGGGCCGAUAGUCCAUCAUAUUACACUGACAGUAGUCAUGCCAGCAGUCAUGUGAAUCCGAUGUUUUUUCCGGCUGACAGUGCAGAUGAGGACAGGCGUAGCCAGAGUCUUAAGUUGAAUAUUUUAAUAUUUCUCCUUGUUGUUGUACUUGUAUUUGUACUUUUUUUAGUUAUCCUGGUACUCAUUAAGGUGUGAGAA